AUGAAAGCUGGAAAAGAGAAAAAAUUGUGAGUAUUUUUAAUUGUUUUAAUUUUAUUGUAAUUUUUUAUUUAUUUUUUUACUAAUAUUUAAUAAUAAUUUAUUGACACACAUAAGAGUCUAAUACAUAAUUCAGGUAUACUACAUAAUUUACACACAUACACCUUACGACAAUUGAGUCAACUGAGUUGACAGGUUAUAUAAUUAUAAACUUAGGGUACUUUACAGUAAAUUUUAAUUUAUUAAUUUAUGUAUCUAAUUAAUUUGAUGUGUUUAGUAAUGAUUUUAACUGACGUAAACCUAGGUUUUUAAUUUUCUAUAAAUUGGUUUAGCUCUAGAUACUUUGAGUAAUUACAUACAUACUAAUUAUUGCAAUUAACCCAUCCCAGGUGAGAUGUAUGUUGGUUUAAAAAAAAAUCAUAUUCUCAUUUCUGUGUUGUCAAUAUUACACAAUCACAACUUUAUAGUAUAAUUAACAAGUUAAACUAAUCAUUAAUCCGGUUAUGUUAUGUUGGUUAUAAGCAAGAUUUGGGACCUGUAGCAUUGAUUUGCACUUCUUUUUUGGUUUGAAAUUGUUAAAUUAUUAUUUCUGGAAAAAUAAACAAUCCUCCGAAUUUUUGUAUUUUAAUUUUGUUUUUAAUGCGGUAUAGGUGAUGUAGCCACCCAUUUUUUUUUUCUUUUUAGGUUAUUAUUUUUGUGGUACUUUGUUUUUUUCUUACUUCAACGGUUUUUUAGUGGUUAUGAGUUAUGGAAUUUUCAAUGGCAUAUAUUGCUGGUCUUAGUGCUAUAAGUCCCGAAAUCCUGAUUAUAAUAGUGAAUGCAUAUAAUUUUUAGCUCCUGUAUGUAUACAUAUAUAUAUAUAUAUAUAACAAUACAAUUUAUUUUUCAGAUACAAUCUUAGAAACAGAGCUGUGACUCAAAGUUUUGUUAAGAAAAGAGUUUUUAGACCUAAGAAAUUUAAUUUUAAACUCCACCUAAAAACAGAUGCAGUAUCAUCUAGCAAUAAACAUUGUAAUAAAUCAAUUUGUUUGUUAUCUGUGGAUGAUCAUAGUAAAAAUAAUAAUGGGUUAUUUGUUAAUAACAAUGAUAAUUUUGAUAAAGAAAAUGUGGAUAAUAAUAAUGAAGUAAAAAUAAUAAAAGGCUCAGAAAUUAAAAAGAAAUCUUGUUUAAAUGUUAUAUGUGAUAAGUAUAAAAAAUUGUUCCUGUCACUAGUGAUAUGCACAAAUAAAGUUGUCAGUUCUUAUAAUAUAUGUAAUAAAAAAAACAAACUAUAA